ACAGCACCAACAGAGUUUGUCCUCUCUGGGUUCUCAUACCCGCAAGAGAUGAAGGUCCCUUUGUUCCUCUUCUUCUUGCUCAUGUUCAUACUGACUCUGUCCGGAAAUUCCCUGAUCCUCUGGGUGGUGGCUUCUGACCUCCAGUUGCACAAGCCGAUGUACUGGUUCCUCUGCCAUCUGUCCAUCCUGGACAUGGCUUUCUCAUCUGUCGUUGUUCCCAAAGUGAUUGCAGGAUUCUUUCCUGGUGGAAAAGCCAUCUCCUAUGCUGGCUGUGUCUCCCAGUUAUUUUUCUUCCACUUCCUUGGUUGCUCAGAGAGUCUCCUUUACACCUUGAUGGCUUAUGACCGGUUCUUGGCCAUUUGUAAGCCCCUCCAUUACAGCAAUAUCAUGAAUUGGAAAGCCUGCCUCGGUCUCUCCCUGGGGACAAUGAUUGGAGGCUGCCUGAACUCAAUGCUGGAGACUACCCUCACCUUCCGCUUGCCGUACGGAGAGAGCAACUAUGUUGACUACAUCUUCUGUGACAUUCCUGCAGUGUUGAAGCUGGCGUGUGCUGACACAAAGCUCAAUCAGAUGGUCCUCUUGAUUGACAUCGGCCUUGUGGCGAUGGCAUGCUUCCUUCUUAUCCUGACCUCCUACGUGUACAUCAUCUCAGCUAUUGUGAGGAUCAGCAGCAGGGAAGGGCGUUGCCGGGCCUUCUCAACUUGCACAGCCCAUCUUACUGUGGUGGGGAUAUAUUACCUGCCUGUGGUUUAUCGCUAUCUGAGGCCAGCUUCUCAGGACUCCAUGGAUGGUGUGGUGUGCAUGUUCUACACCACGAUAACCCCAUUUUUGAACCCAGUCAUAUACACACUGAGGAACAAAGAGAUGAAGUCUGCUCUGGUGAAAAGAUGGGGUGGGAAUGCACAGUAA